AGAAAAGUUGCUAGCUAUUAUUAUUUUGUCAUCAGUAUUCGCGAUAGUAAAAAAAAGUCAGGACUGCGAAAUAAAACACUAUUGACAUCUUGAGAGAAACCAUGGACUUUUUGGAAGUGACCUCCCGUAAAAGAAAAAGACGAAUAUCAGAUAACAGAACACAGUUGCCUAGCAACAUUCAGAAUUUUAUAAAGAGCCUCUUUGAAAAAAAGAUCAGUUAUGAGAAGAAGGAGGACUAUGAAUUAAGAGCUAGUUGUGACUGGAAGAUGCGUGAGGAAUGGAAGAUUGAAGAGUAUAUGUUGAUGAAAAAUGAAUUAAAUACGUUAAAAAAUGAACUCAAUGACAAGGAUAUGAUAACCUGGCAUGAGCAUACUCGACUUGUAAAUCUUGCAGGAAAUAUUGCCCCUGGAAUAAGGAACCAGCUACGGCCAGAGCUGUGUACACAAGCCUGGUGCAAGUUUUACGAGAUAGCUUCGACAUACGUGAACGUAGCCAACACAGAGUCGCUAGUUACUGUACAUCUCUGUGAAGCACCGGGUGCCUUUGUAACUAGCCUGAAUCACUUUCUGUUUACACAUGAAUAUGCUGGCGACUGGAUGUGGUUAGCAACGACUUUGAAUCCAUAUUACGAGGGCAACAAUAUAGGUCAGAUGAUUGACGAGGAUGUAUUCAUACGCAGUAGCUAUGGCAACUGGUAUUUUGGAGAGGAUAACACCGGAAAUUUGAUGUCUCCAGUAAAUCUUAAAGGGUUACAGGAAAAGCUUGCCAAUGUGAAAGUUGAUUUGGUAACAGCCGACGGCAGUAUAGAUUGUCAAGGUGAUCCAGCAGAACAAGAGAAUGUGGUAUCUCGUCUGCAGCAUUGUGAAGUCCUGACAGCUCUACAUAUUCUCUCACCAGGGGGCACUCUUGUUGUGAAAAUGUUCACCUUGUUUGAGUGCAAGGCCAUAAGCUUGAUGUACUUACUUAACUGUGUAUUUGAAAAGGUAGAAGUUUUUAAGCCUUGUACAAGUAAAGGAGGUAACUCUGAAGUAUAUGUGAUAGGUCAGGUGUUCAAAGGAAGGCAAUGCUGUGAAAGUUUCCUACAAAAUGUGACACCAGAAUACUUCGGUGAUAAUGAACCUGCGGGUUGUUUAUUUUCCCAAGAUGAAAUACCUUCGUCAUUUCUAGACCAACAUUCACACUGUGUACAGUUCUUCAAAGACUGUCAGAUGUCUACAAUACAACGUAACCUUGACCUUCUCAAUGUCAUGACAGAUGAUGAAAGGUCAAAGGUCGAGGAGCAGAAAGAUUUCUGUAUGGAAUGCUUUUUCAAUAAAUAUGAUAUAAAGCCAAUGCAGCAUGGUGCUAGGUUAAUGAAAUUACCACCUAAGAGAAGAAAGCAGGCUCCCAGCUGGACUACAGAAUUUUCAGCAAAAGUCAAAUUGGAGGGAAAGUUUACAGGUAGUUUUUGUGAGAGACAAGAAUUAUCUACAUUACCAUGGCAACAGAAGAUCUGUAAAAUAGAGACUUAUGAAGAUGAAGUUAACAGGCCAGAUAACUCACUGUGGAUUCAGUGUCAACAUAAUAUGAUGUCAGAGAAAGACUUGGAUACAUAUCAGAUAUUGAAGGGUAAACAUGUUGACAGUAUACAGAGUUCCAGAUUUUGUCAUGGAUUUUACCUACAUAGAACAGAUGAAAUUGUCAAAAAUUCAAAGUGGCUGGCAGAACAGACUGUAGCAGAUACAGACUUUUUGAUAAAAGUAGCAUCAAAGUUGAGAGAGAUAUUGUCAGACACUAUACAGUAUUACAAUGAUAAACCCCUACAACAGCUACAGUCUAAUCCUGAUGAUAUGGUUACAGUUAAACCAUCACAGCAUGGUUGUGAUAGUGGUAAUGAAGUAGCUGGUAAAUCUGUAAAUCGUUGUGACAGUGUAACUGAUACUGAUGGCAAAGCCGCAGCUACUGAUAAUGAAGUUUUAGGUACUAGUACUCCAGUUAUUGUUGAUGAUGAAGUUGGGGCUGGCGUUGAUACAGGACAGAUGGGUGAAGUUAAUGACGACAGUAAAGAGAAAAUAGUUUGUAAUGACUGUAUAAACAAUGAUGGUGAUAAAGUAGUUUCAAGUGCUCAAAAUCGGGUACAGAAAUGCUCAGCCAGUAACAAUACAGGGGAGAUUGGAGAGGUGGAAAAUGUACGAAGUGAAGAAAUGAAACUGGACACUUGUAGUAAUGGUUAUAAUGGCAUAAAUGAUGGGAGAACAAUUGAUUCCUCCAGUACAUGCGAUACAAACUCUGUGGAAACAAAAACGGACAAUGUUAUGUCGAUCGGAGGAGAUGCUCCAAGAUUUACAUGUACCUGUGUCAAAGGUGGUUCACCUGUAUUAGAAGAACUUUCCAAGCAGGGUUGCAGUAGUGGAAUAACUGUGAGACUGUAUGCACUUGGUUCUAGGAAGGUCUGUGACAGGUUUGAACUUGUAGAUGACAAAGAUUUAUUGGCUGUCGUACUUGAUAUAAUUAAGACAUGUAAUACCUCAGACUAUGUUAUAAUAGAGAUGGGAACGUGUUUGAGCAGGUUUACUGCCGGACUUGUCUAUAUUCUUUAUAGAACCUUCAGAGAGAUUGGGUUUGUACAUCACCAUGGAAACCUGUUGAAGCGCCACCUGUUGUGUAUCAAUUUUCAGCAUUGUCCAAUGAAAUUGUGUCAGUAUUUAGAAGAGGUGUGUCAUAUGAUAGAUUCUGACCAAUCAGAAUCAGUGUUAGAAAUAGUUCCUGUUCUCACAAUACUAGAAGAUGAUGACUUUACAUCGUUUCUACGAAUUUCCAACGUGAAUCUCCUGCAGUCUUUCAUAACAACUGUCGUCAAGGCAGAGAAAAAAGAACAUUCUCUAUAAAUGAACACUUGAUUUUUAACUAAAGUCUCAAAAAUACAGAUACACUUUUGGUUAAAGACCACAUGGAAAAAUGGCCAAGUGUAGAACAUUUCUUACUUCAGGUGUCAGUUUUACUUCCCAGCUAGCUUACGGAAAGAAGAUGGUUGCGGUUGCACUUAGCAACCCACAGAGGACUUAUUUUAAGCUUGGCUAUUUGAAGAAUAGAGAGAGCUAUUGUGCUAACCCAGGCAUCUGCAUCAUAUUUUGUUAAUUUUUGUGUGCAAGUUGGUAUUGCCAAAACAAUGGAAUUCUAUCGGUUGAAACUUUACAGAUUUAUUUGGGAGCAUGACUGGAGGUCUCUAUUGAAGACACAUAACUCUAACAUGGAUUUGACAGAAUCAUUGCCCUUUUUUAACAUAGAAAAUUUUAAGAAAGAGUAUAGUUUGGUGUGUUAAGGUACAUCAUAUUUUGUUGUUAAGUUACAUUGUGGCCUAUUUUUAGUAUGAUUUUUUUAACCUUCAAAAUUUUUAGAUUGCUAAUGUAAUUGUAUGAUAUUACAAAUUAAUUAGAUUUUUAGUUUGUUUUGUGUGUAUGAUAAUUUGCAUUAUUUUGAGUUCAAUGCUUUUUUAACUGUACAUGUAUUUUAAUCUGCACUGAGCCUCAAAUACAAAUUAAAAUCAUAAUUGUUCAAAACCACCAUAUGACAUAAAAUGUAUUUGUUUGAAGUGAAAUAGAUUUUAUGAACUGUUCUUUCUCCUUAUAAACCAUUUGAUUCAGAAAUAAGUGGACUAAUGGCAUAAGGAACAUAAUGCUGGUAAACAGCGAAUAUUGUUAACAUGUAAAACAACUAAUAAUGGGCAAAGUGUUUAGAAAAGUAUAAGAAUGUUGUUGUUCAAGUGUAAUUUGUUAAUAAUUAUUUUGUUGAGCCUGUUCACUUAGCAGAAAGUAGGAAUUUCUUUUCCCCCACAUGCCAUUUAGCUUAUAGCUUGUGGCCUGUUCAGUGUUGUUUGUUUGUUUUUCUAGAAAGUUUUUAAGACAUAAUUAUACUAACUUCUUUUACUGAGACUGAUACUUGACAUAGAAAGUUUUGUUUAAUUCAGGGCCAUUUGUUUUAAGUCUAAGGUUAAAUGAUCAUCGAUACAUCAAUGAUACCUGACAUUGUUAUGACAAGAAACGGAAAGAAAUAAAUGAAAACAAAACAUU